AAGAACUUAUCUUUUCUAGAUCUUAUCUUUUCUAGCUCUGAUUUAGCCUCUUCUAUUUCAGCUCAAGCUGCCGAGAUUAAAGAAUGGGAAACGAAGCGUCCCUUCCCCUGGACAUGUGCGCAACCUUUGACGCAGACGAAAUUAAGAGAUUAGGGAAAAGGUUUAAGAAGCUGGAUCUAGAUAACUCCGGGUCCUUGUCAGUAGACGAGUUCAUGUCACUCCCGGAGCUCCAGCAGAACCCUUUAGUACAGAGGGUGAUAGAAAUCUUCGACGAUGACGGUAACGGAGAAGUUGAUUUUAAGGAGUUUAUUCAAGGGGUUUCACAGUUCAGUGUUAAAGGAGACAAGGAUACAAAACUUAGGAACUGUAAAAGUAAUUUAAAUAACUUUCCAAUGUCGGAAUGUCGGAUUCACAACGUGCUAAAAAUGAUGGUUGGAAAUAACCUAAAAGAUACUCAGCUCCAACAAAUCGUCGAUAAAACUAUUCUGUUCGCCGACAAAGACGACGAUGGACGAAUAAGUUUUGAAGAGUUUUGCAGCAUUGUCGGCAACACGGAUGUCCACAAGAAGAUGGUUGUUGAUGUCUAAAAGUUAAAAGUUCCCGUGAUCACUUAUUACAAAUAUUUGAUAUUAAAGUUGAAUAUUUAAGGCCUACACCGUUUCUCUACUGAAGAGUUAUUUUCUAAACGCAUUGCCCUUGUCAGUCUUAUAUCACUCAAACUAAAAAAAUCCAGGCUUGUGAUCGUUUAAAGCACUACAGUCGUCGUCGUGUAUAUCAAUACAAGAAAGACUACUUUCUAUUUCAAUUUUGAUUUCUUAUACCAAUCUUUCAAACAGCUUCUCUUUCUUUACUUGUGAACUUGUAAUUUGAAAAGUGCUUGUUAGGAUUAGGAAUCAAAGCAUUAUUAAAAAAGUCGUCUUCAUUGUAUUGAUAUAAUCGCCGACCACUGCAGUUGAAUGUUACAAGCUCACAAAUGAUUUUUAUUUGAGGAUAUUAAGAUUGUCACUGGAUUCACAUACUUUUUAACAUUAAAGAAAUGUUUCAUACUUUUACUUAAUUCUUUAUUCUUUCUAAUUAAUAUUUAUUAAAUAUAUGAACUAAUUUAAUACACAAAAUAUAGUAAUUAACUUUCA